AUGCAGCUUAGCACACAACGUCAAGCCGUAUCUGUCGACCGCUUCAGGUACCAUUCCUCGGUACCGUUCGAGACGGCAGAGUUCCGAUUGAGGUCGUCUAUACAAAGGGCGGACCAUCCGUUAGAAUGGACUCACUUGACCGGCGACGAUACCGGUGCCGGUGCUGGUGAAGGUGCCACAGCGGCACGACCAAGGGACAAGGAGUCCUUCGUGGCCAUGGUCGAGUCGCAUCUCGGGCCCCAUGGUUUCGCGUAUUUCGCCGAGUUCAACCACGGCAGCUGGCUGCGUCUUUUUCGACCACAAACUUCGACCAUUACCACGUCUGAUGCCGAGCAAAGAGAUCUGCGCUGCAUCCGAUUCAUUCUGGGCAAUCCACUGAUUGCCAUCACACUCCUGCGCCAUGAUCUCGACGCCGGUCUGUCUGUGCCUGUCGAGUUGUAUCUCGUCGAGGAGGCAGACCCCGGCUCCAUCACUACCGGCACCAAAUGCGUGUGGUACCGUCCCAGCGGAUUGGUCGCGGGCUAUGAGGGCGCCACGCAGGAAUUGGUGGACGCGGCGAAGAAGUUGGAUGCGAAACUCGAAGCGUUGGUGCGCUGGGUGUUGAGCGAUGACUGA